GUUGAAGCGUUGGGGUGGACUCCGUCGCCACCGAGAGGCCCACGGUCGCAGAACCGGCGCGUCGUCGCACUCCGAACGAGAGACAAGGAGCGCACCGGAGCGCCGCUUUUGCACGAGGUGCCAUAUUUGCCCCCCCCCGACAUGUAGCAGUCCGGCAGCGCGUGGGAGAUCACAGCGUGGGAGAGGAAGAGGGGGGGGCGGGCGGGCGGGGGGGGGGAGCGAUGCCGUGAAAAUCGAGACAGCCCACUGAGGAAGACGAGGAUGGACCCGUGCGGGGCGAUCCGAGGAAGGUAGCGGCUCGUCGUCGCUUCGGCGUGGACGAUGGAUUUCAGCCGCCUCAGGAACAUCAUCAGCAGAUACUGUGCGGGGGAGGAGAACUGGGUCGACAGUCGGACGGUCUACAUCGGCCAUAAAGAACCUCCUCCGGGAGCUGAGGCCUACAUCCCUCAGCGUUACCCCGACAACCGCAUCGUCUCCUCAAAGUACACCUUCUGGAACUUCAUCCCCAAGAACCUGUUUGAACAGUUCCGAAGAAUUGCCAACUUCUACUUCUUGGUCAUAUUUCUUGUCCAGCUCAUCAUCGACACCCCCACCAGCCCAGUCACCAGUGGCCUGCCCCUCUUCUUCGUUAUCACGGUUACCGCCAUCAAGCAGGGCUACGAGGACUGGCUGCGACACAAAGCCGACUGCUCCAUCAACGAGUGUCCCGUGGACGUGGUGCGGCGGGGGAAGGCGGCCAGGACGCAGAGUCACAAGCUGCGGGUGGGCGACAUCGUGGUGGUGAAGGAGGACGAGACGUUCCCGUGUGACCUGAUCCUGCUCUCGUCAAGCCGACAAGAUGGCACCUGCUACGUCACCACCACCAGCCUGGACGGGGAGUCCAGUCACAAGACCUACUACGCCGUACCAGAUACCGUGGCCUUUCGGACGGACCGGGAGGUGGAUUCGCUACAUGCCACCAUCGAAUGUGAACAACCGCAGCCUGACCUCUACAAAUUCGUGGGACGUAUCAAUAUUUACAAGGACAAAGAAGAGCCUGUUGCCAGACCGCUCGGUGCUGAGAACUUACUACUCAGAGGAGCGACGCUGAAGAACACGCAACAUAUUUAUGCUGUUGCCAUCUACACUGGCAUGGAGACCAAGAUGGCGCUCAAUUACCAGUCGAAAUCGCAGAAGCGCUCCGCCGUUGAAAAGUCCAUGAAUGCCUUUCUCAUCGUCUAUCUGUGCAUCCUGAUCAGUAAAGCGGUCAUCAACACCGUUCUGAAGUACGCCUGGCAGUGGUCUCCGGACCGCGACGAGCCCCGGUACAACCGCAGAACAGAGAACGAGCGACAGCGACACGUGGUGAUCCGAGCGUUCACCGACUUCCUGGCCUUCACCGUGUUGUUCAAUUACAUCAUCCCCGUGUCCAUGUACGUGACGGCGGAGAUGCAGAAAUUCCUGGGCUCCUAUUUCAUCACCUGGGAUGAGGAGAUGUUCGACGAGGAGUUGGGAGAGGGAGCUCAGGUCAACACCUCCGACCUGAACGAGGAGCUGGGUCAGGUGGAGUACGUUUUCACCGAUAAGACGGGCACUCUGACGGAGAACAACAUGGAGUUCAUCGAAUGUUGCGUUGAUGGGAACGUUUACGUUCCGCACGCCAUCUGCAACGGUCAAAUCCUCAGCGCUGCCUCCAGCAUCGACAUGAUCGAUUCCUCACCUGGUGGCUAUCGCAGAGAGCACGAGGACCUGUUUUUCCGGGCCUUGUGUCUGUGUCACACGGUGCAAGUGAAGGAGGAGGAGACGGUGGACGGCAUCAAGAAGGGCAUCCGUCAGGGUCGACCCACCUCCUUCUACAUCUCCUCUUCCCCGGAUGAGGUGGCUUUGGUCGAGGGAAUGAAAAGGCUGGGCUACACCUACCUGAGGCUGAAAGACAACUACAUGGAGAUCCUGAACAAAGACGACGAGAUCGAAAGGUUUGAGCUGCUUCAUGUGCUCAACUUCGACUCUGUCAGGAGGAGAAUGAGCGUCAUCGUGAGGGCAAGUUCAGGAGAAUAUUUGCUCUUCUGCAAGGGGGCUGACUCGGCCAUUUUCCCCCUGGUGGUGUCUGGCAAGCUGGCGCAGGUGAAGGCGCGGGUGGAGCAAAACGCUGUGGAGGGCCUGCGAACCCUGUGCGUGGCCUACAAGAGGCUGUCGGAGCGCGAGUACCAAGAGGCGUGCCGGCACCUGACGGCCGCCAAGCUGGCCCUGCAGGACAGGGAGCAGAGGCUGGCUCAGGCCUACGACGCCAUCGAGAGAGAUUUGGUGCUCCUGGGCGCCACGGCGGUGGAGGACAGGCUCCAGGAAAAGGCGGCCGACACCAUCGAGUCGCUGCACAAGGCGGGAAUCAAAGUUUGGGUGCUGACCGGGGACAAAAUGGAGACGGCGGCGGCCACCUGCUACGCCAGCAAGCUGUUCCGCCGCAGCACUCAGAUCCUGGAGCUGACCAAGAAGCGCACGGAGGAGCAGAGUCUGCACGACGUUUUGUUUGAGCUGCACAGGACGGUUCUCAGGCAGCGAUCCAUUUCUGGGUUGUCCGUCGACUGCCUGGAUUUCGGUCUGAUCAUCGACGGCGCCACGCUGUCGGCCGUCCUCAAGCCCAAGCGGGACGUCGCCGGCCACGCCGGCUACCGCGAGGUCUUCCUGGAGAUCUGCGGCAACUGCAGCGCCGUGCUGUGCUGUCGCAUGGCGCCGCUGCAGAAGGCGCAGAUUGUGAAGCUGAUCAAGGCCUCCAAGGAGCACCCGAUCACCCUCGCUGUCGGCGAUGGAGCCAAUGACGUCAGCAUGAUUUUAGAAGCGCACGUGGGCAUUGGGAUAAUGGGCAAAGAGGGUCGCCAGGCCGCCAGAAACAGCGACUACGCCAUCCCCAAAUUCAAACAUCUGAAGAAAAUGCUGCUGGUUCACGGCCAUUAUUACUACAUACGCAUCGCGGAGCUCGUCCAGUAUUUCUUCUACAAGAAUGUAUGCUUCAUCUUCCCGCAGUUCCUGUACCAGUUCUUCUGCGGCUUCUCCCAGCAGCCUCUGUACGACACGGCCUAUUUGACCUUGUACAACAUCAGCUUCACGUCACUGCCCAUCCUCCUCUUCAGCCUGGUGGAGAAGCAUGUCACCAUGGAGACGCUUAAACGGGAGCCCUCCUUGUACAGAGACAUCGCCAAGAAUUCCCUCCUCUGCUGGCCAGUCUUCCUGUACUGGACAUGCCUGGGCGUCUUUGACGCCGUUGUCUUCUUCUUCGGUGCCUACUUCCUGUUCGACAACACCACCUUCACCAGCAAUGGCCAGCUCAUGACCACCAACACGCAGAUGAUGUUCGGCAACUGGACCUUCGGGACUCUCGUCUUCACCGUGCUGGUGUUCACCGUGACGCUCAAGCUCGCCUUGGACACGCACCACUGGACUUGGAUCAAUCAUUUUGUCAUCUGGGGCUCGCUACUCUUCUAUGUGAUCUUCUCUCUUCUCUGGGGAGGCAUCAUUUGGCCCUUCCUCAACUACCAGAGGAUGUAUUACGUCUUCAUGCAAAUGCUGUCCAGCGGGCCAGCCUGGCUUAGCAUCAUCCUGCUCAUCACGGUCAGCCUGCUUCCUGAUGUCAUCAAGAAGGUCCUCUGCAGGGCUAUGUGCCCCACACCCACCGAGCGUGCUCAGGAUGGCGACGAGUUGGCACGGGACGACGUGGCCGAGCCGUCCCCCCGUCGCGCCUACAAAGGAGCGAGCGCCGACUCCUCUCAGUUGCAGCUCGGCGGCGCGGAGACGUCGUCGCUCCGCGCCUCCGACCCCCUCCCCCAAAAACUCUUGGCGCGCUUGGCGGAAGGGGGGAGGGAAGACUUGCGCUCGCUCAGCCCGUGCAUGCUUCGGCUUUCCGGGGCAGGCAUCGCCUACUACGCUCCGGGGCCAGAAACAUCAGUCUGAUGCCCGACCCGGCCUUGAAUCUGCAAACUUUUGUGCGAGUGUGUGCGGAGUGGAGUAUCAUGGGCUGUGCGCGGGCCCAUCUUCGUCUCAAGGGUGAGAAAUUCUCCAACACACAAGCUGGGCUCGUGAACACCCCUUUAUAGGUUGCAUCGCCCAAACUCCUCAUGGUCAUUCUUUUGCUUUUCGGUCGUCCUCUCCAACUUUUGAGAAGAUACAGUACAGCCUAUUUGUACAAUAACAUCUUCAUAUUACUUUGAGUCAAAAUAUUGCCUGUUCCUCCUGGUUUAUGUCCUUUUGCAAGCGUUUGUUACAAAAAAAGAAAAAAAUACUAUAUGUAAAUGUUCACAAUGUGGUCUGGCCAAGUAAGGGCAGCCAUCAAGCUCAGCCCUUUAGUUGUGCGUGUGCGUGCAUGAAGAUGCCUGCACUGUAUGUUUUGUAUGUAUUUGACACACCUUUGCCUUACAGGUAAACCACACAGCAGCAGGCUAGGAGCCAAAGGUGGUUUUUUUGUUUUUUUUUAAAUGGAAGUGUAUUACAAAGCCUUACACACUGACCAACUCCCCCACCUGACACCACCUCGUCCUAUUGGAAUGGGGAGAAAUAAGAGAAAGGGGUGUGCAGUAUUGUCGCCACCCUGCCUUAAUUCAUACAUGCCUGCUUACAGUAGUUUGGGACACUUGUUGUCACUAUUCCAUCUCACCUCUGUGUCCUUGCAUGGCUCAACUCUUUGCAUGGUGAUGUGUGGCCAGGACUGGAAUUUGAUGUAUAUUUUCUUGUACCGUGUGGCCACGUAGCAGGAGAGGAUUAUUAGGGCCACGCCCCCCCCCCCAAAAUAAAUAAAUAACAAGAAUCAUGUUACGGGAAUAACGUCAUUAAAUUGCAAAAGCAAAUGAAGAAAUACAAGCUCAAAGUCAAAAUAUUGCAGAAAUAAAGCCUUAAUUUUACAAGCAAAAUUUAACAUUACAAGGACAAAAUAUCUUAAAUUUACACGAAAAAAAAUCUUACUUUUACAACAACAAAAAAACAUUUCGGGAAGGUCAUAAUUUCACAAUCCAAAGGUCUCACUUUAGAGUAGUAAACAUAAUUUAUGAAAGAAAGGUAACAUUAAUAAAUAGUUGUAAGAAUCUUAAAAGGCUUGUCAGUGAUGUUGUGGUAAUUGUAUAAGCAAAAGUUGCAAUUUCAGAAGAAUAAAAUUGCCAGAAGGGUUGAAAACCUGCAAGAAUUAAGUAGCAAUUUUACAAGGAAAACAAUCUAUAUGUUUAUGAGAAUGAACUUGUAAUAGGCAAUAAUUAUUUUAUUUUUUUUACAAAACGUUAUGUAAAUAGAAUAAUACGUAGUAAUUAAGACGUGUCACCAAAAAAAUUAUACAACAUAAAAUAGUAAUAUUACGAGCAUAAACACGUAAUAGCUUCCCUCUUAAAUAACAGCAAAAAAUUAAACAACUUUAUUUUCGUGAUAUGAGGACAUUUUCCUCUUAAGAUUUGUUCCAGACAUUACGACUUCUUGUAAUUUGACUUUUUCCGUUUAACGUUAUAUGUCUUUGUUCUCACGUUAGGACUUUCUUAACACAUCACAUAAGAUUAUGACUUUCUUCUUGUAAUAUUCUGACUUUAUCCUCAUAAAAAGAUUCAGACUUUUUCUCGUAAGAUUACAGCUUUAUUCUUGUGACAUGCAUUAACGUCUUUUUUCCAUGUAAAAGCUUCGUUCUUGUAACAUAAUCGACUUUGUUCCUUGUAACAUUCCAUCUUUUGUCUCAUACUUAUUCUUUGAACAUUGACUUUUUGCCCCUUCCAACCUUCUUGUAACACUGUUUUUAUUGUUGUCACUAUUACAAGUUGUUUGCAUUUAAAAAAAAAAAAAAAGAUUUUUGUAAUAUUACAAUUUCAUUAUCAUGAUCUUUUUUUCCUGCCGGUGUGGCCCUAAUACUUCUUCGUAGCACUGUGAUGGUUUCACAUGCUCUAAAAUGGACUGUGCUUGACUUCCGGAUGAUUUUGUGCUCUCUGUAUGUUAUGCAAAAAACUAAUGUCGGGUCUGAAAUCAGGCCAAGUACGUGUUCCUCUUGUUCCCCUGUCUCGGUGGCAGUCACUAUCGACGAGUGGAUGUAACGUACGUUGCACUCGGCAGGAAGACUUGAAUAGGCGACGUCACAAUCAAUCAACAGAAUGUCAAACCAAUUUGUCCGUCGUGUCCUCCAGCUGACGAUUGUAGCUCAUUCCAGAUCAACCUCUCUUUCCUCUCAAGAACACAGUUUAUUUUUAUACACAUCACCAUCUACCAACGGGUAUAGAUAUAAUAUAUAUAUAUAUAUAUAUAUAUAUAUAUAUAUAUAUAUUAUUUUUUUUUUAAACAAAAAAAAAAACAGUUUUUAUUGUACAGAUUAGAUACGAGCUCAGACACGCAAAGUUUGUUUUGAUUUGGGCAUUCAACAUCGUGACCUCAGUGACGCUCACUGUGCUGUUGCCAUAUUGUACCGAGGCGAAUUUGACGUGCUCCUCUGCUUCAAUUCUUCAUUUCGUCAUGAUGGUUGUAUACCCCGGCAGGAUUUAGUUGUACUGCACGUACACCACAGGUCACACUUUUAGUUGUCAUUUGUGUUUAAAACUGCAUUUUGAGAGCUCAACAUGUGCCAAAAAAAAAUUAUUUUGUUUUUUUCAAUUUUGACAGCUGUAUCACAUUUUGUUGUUAAAGGGUAGCUGAAACUGUCAUUUCAUCCACUUGUCCAUUGGAAAGCGUGAAAAAAAAAAUGUCCAGGGGGAUACAUUGUGGUUGUCGACAAUGCAUUUCUACUAUUUUCUUUUGAUUCAAAGACCAAUAGUUCCAUUUUUACUUGCAGCUACAAUUGUCAUGUGCUCUCAUUGGAAUUCUUAAAAAAAAAUCCAAAUCCCCGGUGAGAUACAUUGUGGUCAUCUCCAAUAAUUCACAUUUCUACUUUCUUUAUUUUUCACCGCUAUGGCGUUGUUGUAUUUUCCAUUAGGAUGUUUUGUGCACGUUUCCUUUGCUACUUUUGUAUAUCCUGGAGAAAUGAUUCUAUUUUAACUUGGUUUGAAUGUGGGUUAAAGUUUACCAAAUGGGUCAGUAGAGAUUGUGCACUUUGUUGUUGAGAUCAGUGCUCGCCCAAAAACGAAGGUCUGCUGAGGGUGGUUUAUACCGUUAUACUACUGUUCCUCGCAGGUUUUUUUUUCUGAGACUGUAGUGGGUGAAGUGACCAAAUAACUUGAACGUGGAACAAACUGGCCUCUGUCUCCAAUGGUUGUCUCUCAGCAGCCUUUUUCUCGAAUGUCGACGCCGCUUCUCUGAAGUCCAUCAGCACAAGCGCAGCUUGCUCGUUGAAAAUGCUGACAUCUCCGAGCGUGACAAAGGUGCCAGGGGUGUGUGUUUGUGUGUCUUAGUGUGUGUGUGCUCCCUUCCGUACAGCACCGUUUGUAUCACUAUUAUAAAUAACAGGUUUUGAGACUUUUUUCUUGAAAAUAAAUAAAGAAGAUUAAAGGUU